GCAGUGAAACGUAUAAUUGACCCAGCAACAGCACUAUAGAGGGAAACAACGUUGUCCACCACCACUGCCAUUCCUACAACGGGUGGCCCCUAUCGUUCCAGUUGCCAGUAUCAUUACCCGUCAACUCAGCAGCCAAGUCACCAACUAACUAGUGCUUUCCCGACACGUGUCAGUCGAAACUCCAUUCCCUACGGUUCCAGUCAGCGCGCACGGUGUGUUACUGUCAUCGAAUCUCGAAGCAAUGGAGCCUGCAAAGCAAAACCCUAGCAAACUUCCGCCGCCUUUUUUUUGUCCUUAGCAUGAACUUUUUCUUUGGUAGGGAUUUGAAAUUGGAAAAGCUUUCAGCUGGCUUCGGGCUAGUUGAGGGGUAGUGCUUUCUGUGUGUCACAGAUGGCUGAAGAUAUCCCGCGAGUUGGUGGGUUUUCGGCUGGUCUGGCUGUGAUAUUGAACGAUAAGGACAGUAAGAAAAAUUCGCCAAAAACUCGGCUUCUUUCUUGCUGUGACGAUUUGGGUCAGCAGUCUGUGGAGCGAACCCUUGAGUACGUGUUUGGUCUCCCGAACAGAUCACUCAAUUCAUUGACUGGCCUGGUUGAUCGUAAUUUUAUUUGCUCUGUCAUUAGGAAUGAUUUCUCAAGAUAUAAUGUGAAAUUGAGUGAUUCUCAUGGUGAAAGAGAUGGGAUUUGUAUUAAUAGUAAAAAUGGCAAUGGGCAUGUUGUUAUAGGCCUAGAAGAAUCCAGCAUCUGCGGUGAUAUUAAAGUCAUCAAGUCACCUUUUCUUAUAGAGAGCAUGGCGAUGUUCAGUAGUGCCAGGGCUAGUGCUUGUGUUUGGAAAGGAAAAUGGAUGUAUGAAGUUAUGUUGGAAACAUCUGGCAUACAGCAGCUUGGUUGGGCCACUCUUUCUUGCCCUUUCACUGACCACAAAGGUGUUGGUGAUGCUGAUGAUUCAUAUGCUUAUGAUGGGAGACGAGUUAGCAAGUGGAACAAGGAUGCUGAGACAUAUGGCCAGUCAUGGGUUGUUGGUGAUAUCAUUGGAUGUUGUAUAGAUUUAGACCGAGAUGAAAUAUUAUUCUACAGGAAUGGUAAUUCCCUAGGGGUGGCAUUCCAAGGAAUUCGAAAAUUGGGUCCUGGUUUUGGUUAUUAUCCAGCAGUUUCUCUCUCCCAGGGUGAAAGAUGUGAGUUGAACUUUGGAGCUCGACCCUUUAAGUAUCCAAUUGAAGGUUACCUUCCUCUUCAGGCUCCUCCCUCUAAGAGCUACUUUGUCACCCAAUUGCUGCAAUGCUGGUCAAGGCUGUUGGACAUGCAUUCGGUGGAACGAGCUGAGCAUUCUUUAGUUCAGAAAUUGAGAAGAGUGAAGAGGUUUGUUUCAUUGGAAGAAAUUUUCCAUCCAGCUUCUUAUGCCAUAUGUGAGGAAUUAUUUUCUAUCCUUGAAGCAGAUGAUGGGAUCACAGAGUAUAUGGUUUGGGGUCCAAUGUUGUCUUUCAUGUUUGAAGUUUUUGGUUUGCAUGCACCCCAUGAUUACUCAAGCAUGGAUAAAGUAGUUGAGAUUCUGCUACAAUUUCAAGGAUCACAUGUGCUAUUUGAACACAUCCUAAAUGCCCUUUCCUGUGGUUGCAAAAUAGCCUCAUUAGUUCUAAUUGAGUGUCCUUACUCUGGAUCAUAUUCUCACCUUGCAUUGGCAUGUCAUCUACUAAGACAAGAGGAACUUAUGGUUCUUUGGUGGAAGUCACCAGAUUUUGAAUUCUUGUUUGAAGGGUUUCUUUCACGAAAGACUCCUAACAAACAGGAUCUUGACUCCAUGAUACCAACUGUUUGGUGGCCUGGUUCAUGUGAAGAUGCAUCUUAUGAGGGUAACAUGAUGUUGACAACCACAGCUUUGUCUGAAUCAAUUGGCAAGAUUGAAGAGAAGCAUAGGGACCUUUGUCGCUUAGUGAUACAAUUUAUACCACCUACGAAUUCUCCCCAGUUACCUGGAGCAGUAUUUAGGACAUUUUUACAGAGCCUUCUACUGAAGAACAGAGGAGCAGAACGAAAUAUUCCACCACCUGGAGUUUCUAGCAACUCGGUUCUUGUUUCAGUUUACACAGUUGUACUCCAUUUUCUAUCUGAGGGAUUUGCCUUGGGUGACAUCUGUGGCUGGUUGAAGAGCUGCAAAGCAGAUGUUGGUUUCCUUCAUAGAGGUGGUGAACAAACUUUUCCUGUACAUUUAUUUCUGAAAAAUGAUCCCCAUAGAGCUGAUAUUUCCAGGCUUGGGGGAUCCUAUAGCCAUUUAUCAAAGCUACACCCAACAAUUGAUCAUGAAAUGGAAGUGAUUCAAUGGGAUGAAGGUUGCAUGGAUAGUGAAGAAACCAGGGUCACCCAUUCAACCAGGCAGAAGCCAUGCUGUUGUUCUAGUUAUGAUUCUGAUUUUACAAGGAACUUCAAGGUUCCAGCUAAAUACCUGGCCAAAGGUUCUAGUGGUCAUUGUAGCUCUAUUCCGGAAAGACCUGCUCAUGUUGCUGCUGAAUGCAGUGAUGGGAGUUUGAACGAUGAGAUAACUGAUAAACCAAGCUCCAGUGAUCAAUCUGAACCUGAGUAUGGUUACCGCCAAGUGCACCAUAUGAAGUCUGUACCAAAGGAUACUAAUAUGUCUACAGAUACACUACAAGAAGAAGAGCUACUUGAUGCUUUGCUAUGGUUGUAUCAUGUUGGUCUUGCUCCGAAUUUUAAGCAGGCAUCAUACUACAUGACUCAUCAGGCACAGUCAAUUUCCCUUUUGGAGGAAACUGAUAAGCAAAUCAGAGAACGAGCUUGUAGUGAGCAAUUGAAGCAUUUGAAAGAAGCUCGUAAUGAAUAUAGAGAAGAGGUUAUUGAUUGUGUUAGGCAUUGUGCUUGGUAUCGCAUCUCUCUAUUUUCUCGAUGGAAGCAGAGAGGAAUGUAUGCAAUGUGCAUGUGGGUUGUCCAGUUACUACUGGUUCUUAGCAAUAUGGAUUCGGUGUUUAUCUAUAUCCCUGAAUAUUAUCUGGAAGCUUUGGUUGAUUGUUUUCAUGUGUUGCGGAAAAGUGAUCCUCCCUUUGUUCCAUCUACAAUUUUCAUCAAGCGAGGGCUUGCUUCAUUUGUCACCUUUGUAGUUACACAUUUCAAUGAUCCGAGAAUAUCAAGUGCAGAUCUUAGGGAUCUUCUUCUUCAGUCUAUAUCUGUCCUGGUGCAAUACCGGGAGUAUUUGGCUACCUUUGAGAGCAAUGAGGCCGCCACCCAAAGAAUGCCGAAAGCUUUAUUAUCAGCUUUUGAUAACAGAUCUUGGAUUCCAGUGAUGAACAUACUCCUACGAUUAUGCAAGGGUUCUGGUUUUAGUUUUUCAAAGAAUGGAGAAUCAUCUUCGUCAUCAGUUCUUUUCCAACGGUUGCUAAGAGAAGCUUGCAUAAGUGAUGAAGGGUUGUUUUCAUCUUUUCUAAACCGUCUGUUCAAUACACUCAGCUGGACCAUGACUGAAUUUUCAGUUUCUGUUCGAGAAAUGCAAGAAAAGUACCAGGUAAUAGAGUUUCAGCAAAGGAAAUGCUGUGUCAUAUUUGAUCUUUCAUGUAAUCUUACAAGGAUUCUAGAGUUCUGUACUCAUGAGAUUCCUCAAGCAUUCCUGUCUGGACCGGACACAAACCUCCGAAGGUUAACCGAGUUGGUUGUAUUUAUCUUAAAUCACAUUACUUCUGCAGCCGAUGCCGAAUUCUUUGACUUGUCCCUUAGACGGCAUAACCAACCUCCAGAAAAAGUAAACAGAGGCAUGAUAUUGGCACCUCUAGUAGGGAUUAUCUUAAAUUUAUUGGAUGCUACAAAUUCAGCAGAAUAUCGAGAAAACAAUGAUCUUUUAGAUGUUUUUGCAAGCAUGGACUGUCCAGAUACUGUUCAGUAUGGAUUCCAGUAUCUUUUGGAUUAUAACUGGGAUGGAUCUUUUCGGGGGGAAGCUUAUGUGGCAAAAUAUGAGCAACUAGAGAAUUUUCUAAGUCUCCUUACUUGCCGCACUGUGUUACAUCAUGAUAAAGUGGAUAGUGUGGGAGAUACAGAUCUUGAUGAUGGCUUGUGCUGCAUAUGUUAUGCAUGUGAAGCAAAUGCUCAAAUUGCACCUUGUUCACACAGGUCUUGUUAUGGCUGCAUUACCAGGCACCUUUUGAACUGCCAAAGAUGUUUCUUUUGCAACGCAACAGUGACAGAUGUUAGCAAAAUUGGUUAGAAGACCGGCUAAGGAGGAGCUUCUAUUUUAUGGUUGCUUGGUUCCGGUUGAAGUCAGCUAGUCAGUAACUGAUUAUUUGCUUAUUUAUGAACUACAUAUAUAAAAAGUGACAAGAAAUGUAAAGGAAAACAAAGAAGGAAAAGAUGGGGGAGAAGAAAAAAAGAGGGGGUGGGGUAAUCGGGUAGGAGUUAAUACUGUUCCAGAUAGUGAAGUGUUUCUUGACAUGGGCAGGGGGGGGUAGUCGCCAUCGGCGAAUUAAGAAUUUUGUAGGCUAUGUUAGAGGGUGUUAUGCUGUAAAUAUGCGAUGUAAAUGGCAGGCAAAAUCGUUGAAUGACAACUUUCAUUAUUCACUA